AUGGAUAGAGUGAGUCUCAAGUCUUAUUUUUCUGGAACAGGUGCCAGUGAUAUUCUGUAUCUUAUCCAUGAGUUUACUGUUAAUGAACCACCUCCAGCUAAUAUAAUGGUCAUAUCCGAUCCGGACGCUUGUCUUUCUGACCUCACACCAUCGGGAUACAACUGUAUCCUUCAACCUUCUCUUGAAAGCUUACUUGGGGCGGAUUCAGGAGUACUUGAGGAUGAUAAGUGCGGUGAGAUGCGUGAUUGUAUCUGCUGGGUUUGCUCAGAGAGCUCUGGUCUUGUUUUCCAAAGCUUUGAAGAUUUCACCACGCAUCUCGCUAGUAGGCGACAUCAACGGAUGGUAAUCAAGUGA